AUCAAUAUAGGAUAUAAAUUACAUACAAAUACUAAUAUAUAAUAAUGCAUGAUCGAGUAUUAUUAAGUAUAUCAUAUGUGAACAUUUUGUUACGUGAUCGAUAUUAUGUCGUCUGCUAAUAAAUAUGGCGAGUACUGUAAAACAAUUGAAAUAUUAACAUUUGAACUAUAAGUAGAAAACACAGUAGAAAAUAUCGAAUACUUUGAUUGUUUUCUACUUAAUGAUGACGACAAAUUGAUAACAAUUGAACAAAUAAUAUAAAUCAAUAGAAAAUACUUAACACCAAAAAAUUGUCACCAGUAAUGAUGGAGCUUAUUUACAAGAAAGUCAAUUCUCUUAUAAAAUACUAAAUGAUCAAUUAUUUGAAAAUGAUACAAAUAUAAGUGUUCAGGAUCUGUGAAUGAACCAUUGAAGAAGACCACUUCACCUGUAAUAAUGUAUCAAUGAAUAUUGGUAAUUAAUAUACUUUAGUGUUAAAUAAUUCAAUAUUGCGAUAUUAGCGCCUUUGUUUUCUAUAUUAUCGACCGAGCAACAAACAGUUGAAAACAUGUCAUGGCUGAUCUUGUGAUUCAUAACAAUGUAUUAAUUUAUUUUACUUAUUCUGAAUAAGUAUGAGAGAUACACAAUCAAGAUUACAAAUGGAAUCUGUUCCUAGCUUGAAACGUAACAAUCGGAAUAUCACACUCCGUAGCACACAUAGAAUUUAUAAGAAAUGGGGAAUAAAGUAUCAUGCAGCAGUGAGAGAUGCUGUUUUUAAGUUGCACCCUAUACCAUAUGUGCCCUUAAAAGCACCAGCUUCUUUAAAAUGUGAUAAUGGAGAGUCUGAUUUAGUAUACGUAUGUCAACAAUGCAAAGAUUGUUUUUGGUUUAAAAGCAGUUUCGAAGACCAUAGUCAGCGACACAGUUGGAUAUUAGGAUUUUGGUGUCAGAAAUGUUUCUUAACGGUGUGCACUCAUGUACCUAAUAAUAGUACACCAUGUAAUUUGUGUUUGAAUAUGGAAAACGAUAAGCGAUCGUAUAUGAAAAAGAGAGGUAUUCAUAAACAUCAAAAAAUGGGAACUAUUAGAGUCUUUUAUAAUCAGUGUCAAUUUUUUGCACAUUUGAAAUUGCAUAAUAUAUCUUUAGUCAACAUAUGUGAUAUUAUGUUAAUGCCAUUACCAAAUGUGGAGGGUGAUUGGACAUCUAAAAUGGAUUUUGCUUGUGAAGCACUUUUCGAAUAUUGUUUCAUGAUAAGGGUACAUAUCAUGGAUUGGUUAAGAGCUAAAAAACUUCAUCGCAAUUGGUGGAAGAUAGUUGAAAAUAAUAUCGACUACGACGAUAAUGAUAAUCCUAUUACAAAGAUCAUCAAAACGUAUAAUGGAAGGAAUUUAUUUCAUUUAGAUGUAGCUAAAGUAGAUGCAGACUUGGUUCCUUUGAACUCAUUGUACAAACUUAAUCAUUUCAAAUCCUCUACUUCGGGACUCAGUAAAGUAGCAUCAGAAACCAAUGAAAAAGAUAGUCAUGAAAAUAUUAGUAAUUCUGUAGUGUCGUCCAGUCGAAAUACUCUUAAGGAUGAAGGUAAUCCUUCUACUCCUACUGAUAUUACCUUUGUAAAUUGUGGACCUACUUAUAAGUGUUAUACAUAUGACUCAUUAAUAGAUUAUUCUUUACACCAUAAUAAAACGAUUAAUUCGAAAUAUGUGCAUUAUAUGAAUAAGAAUAAGAAUAAGAAUAAGGAUGUGCAAUCAACGAUAACGAAAAAACAAAGUAAGCAAAAAAGAUCGAAAAAAGAAAGUGUUAAUUAUAGUACUACUCCUGUUUCAUCUUCACCUAAUAAAUCAUCUAACAUUAUCGGUGAGAAAGAUUUUAGUUAUGUGCAAAAAGAUCUUGCCCACAAAUGUAGUAAUAGUGGCAAAUUAUCCACCAUUGUAAUCACUACGCAGAAUGGUGGUGAUAAUUUAAUGAACAAUUCAAUUAGUAAGAAUGCUACUAAUUCGUUGCCUAAUUUAUCUCAUAAAGGGCAUCAAAUCAAUCAGAAAUAUGAAAAACAAAAACAUUUAUCAACUAUAAAAAAUGAUUUAAAUUCAGCAACAUUCCAAGAUAAAGACACUGUUAAAAUGAAUGCACUUGUUAAUAAUAAUCAAAUUUCGUCUUAUCUUUCGAAUAAUAAAAUUGUAUUUGUUGGUCAAGAUAUGGAUGGGAUUAAGAAAAAAGUCAAUCAUGUAACGGCGGUACCUUUACAUAUACGUAAUAGUGCAAUAUUGGGGGACAAUAAGAGUUCAGAUAAUUUAAAAACAAUAACAGAUGAGUCUAAUAAAACAAUAUCUCCUAAUCAGAUUUUUCUUGAAAGUGGGAGAAGAAGAUAUAUUUUGACGCGUACAUCAUCAAAUGAUGUGUAUCAAUUUAGUACGUUUACAUCGCCUGAUUCAUCGUCAAAUAAUAAUGAAAAUGGAAUAACGACGAAAUUAUCUUUGCUUGAAAAUACAUAUGUUAACUUGGCCGAACAAAAUGUUUCUUUGCCUACGCCAUCACCAUCUUCGUCGGAAUUAUCAAAUAGUUCAAGUUGUGAAAUUCAGAAAAAACAAAAUUCUAGCGUUUGCAUACAAAAUGAUACAUCAGAGAUAUCCAGACAUUACCUGAAACCGAAAUUUAAACAAUCUAUAUUGGAUUUAUUGAAUAACGAUGGAUUGUGUGAAGUUUUGUCAUUUCGCAGAGCCGAAAAUGCAGAAAUAUAUUUGAAUAUAAAAAAAGCGAAGAGUAGUAGCAAGCAAUUGAACGUAGUUACAACUGUAACAAUACCAAAUUGUAGACAAGAUAUGUUGAACGAAUUUCGACAAUUGAAUUGUAGCGAAUUAUUGGAACGUAUUCGACAUUUGCAGAAUGUCCGUAAAGAAAUUCUCACUGUUAUGAAUUUCGUAGAUUACAAAGUAAUAGAAGAUACAUUAAAAUCAAUUGAAAAUUUACAAAUAGCAUUAGAGGAUGCACUCGAGUCUUGUAAGAACGAAUCAAAAGAUGUGAAGGAUGUAUGGAACGAUGAAGAAAUAUUAUCGAAUGAUUGGGAAUCAAAAUGUCAACAUGUUAAUAAUUUCAGAUGCGCCACGUGCAGUAAAGUCAUGAAACCCAAAACUUAUAUUCCGGGAUUUUCUAAACCAGCUGAAAAUGAUAUCCUAUAUUGUUCAUGUUACAAACAUUUUUGUCAACAAUGUCGUAGUUAUCAGGGUAACGUUACUCGAUUUUUAACACAUCAGAAUUUUCACGGAGAAGAAAAACCAUACGCAUGCCCUGAUUGUUUUCGCAGAUUUCCUUCUUUUAGAUUACUCGAAGGGCAUACAUGGUCUUUUUGUUUCCAUAUGUUAAAAAAGCGUGUUUUUUCUUGUAAAAUAUGUCAGAUAGAUGGUUUUCAAGAUACGGAAUCUAUAGCGAGGCACUUUGCUAUUAUGCAUAGUAGUAAAAAGAUAGCAUGCGAGACUUGUAAUAUGGUAUUAGAUACGUACAAUGAAUAUAAAAGGCAUCGUGACAAAAUACAUUCAUCUAUUAACGUUCAAUCUCAACCAAUAAGACUGAUCAUCUGCAAAUUGGGCCAAUGUAUUAAUCGAUAUGAAAAAUAUAUGAUGCACUUGGAGAAACAUUAUGGUGUACGAAAAAUAAUAUGGUUGAAAUGUCCUUUUUGUCCUUAUUAUAAUCUCGAAAGCAAACAAUUUAUGAUGCAAUUUAAAAUACAUUUUCAAAUAGUACACCUCUAUCGUUUAUUAGAGAUUAUUAAACCGGAAACAUUGAAAGAUAUUUUACCAUCUAGUCUGUAUGAAUGUUUAUUUAAAGAAAACGAGCCUAACGAGCCGUUAAGUUGUGAAAGAUUGAAAAAAGUCCGAAAUUCUAAUGAAAGUCUAUGCUCAGAUACAAUGGUACCUAAAAUAAUAUAUACACGAACUAUUGCAUCAGAAGAUUUUGAACAAGUUUCGGAUGAUAAUAACGAAGGCAAUGUUUGUCCUACCAUAUCGAAUAAUAAAAUCGAAUCGAAUUUGAAAAUGUUGAAUGCUAGAUUAGAAAAUACGGAUUGUUCAAUUGUUUACUUAAACACUGAUAAAAAAGAUAAUCUACCGAAAAUUUUAGAUGUAAGAUCAAUGGCUGAUGUUUUGUCAAAAGAUCCAAAAUGUUCGUCGGAUAUUGCUGCUGCUAACAUGGAAAUACAAUCAAAUGAUGAUAAGAGACAAAAUUCAUCUAAAUCUAUUGUAAAUGAUCAGUCAAAAGAAACGUGUAAUUCUGCAAAGGAGGAAAGAAGAAGCAUCACUAAUGCAAAAUCUAUAACAAAUGAUAGUAUUAUUUCGGAAAAAGAAGAAGAAGAAGAAGCAGAAGCAGAAGCAGAAAAAGUAAAUGGUGUUGUUGACAAUAUUGCCACCAAAUUAAAUGUAGUUGAGAAAAUGAAUAGCAGCACACUUUCUCCUUUAAUAGAAACGCCUAAUGAAAUAAAAAUAAAUCAUGAUGAUGAUGAUGAUGAUGAUAUAAACCAAAUGAUACCAAAGCCACCACCUUUAAUUCGAAUUCCUCAGCACUUUUUCGAGAGUAGACAUCAGCAAGAAGAUAAAAUUAAAAAAUCUAAUGGAAAUCGUAAUGUAAAAGUAAAAAGUAAUGUCAAACGACGACCAUGGCGAAUAGCAUUAAAUGGUCCAACUAAUUCAAAGGACGUGCAUCAAGAUUACAUAUGUCAUUUGUGCGGUGAACUGAUAAAUACUGCUUGGCCUAUUAUAAGUAUUCAUUUUAAUGUCAAACAUUCGGAGGAAUGUAAAUUAUCAGUUGUAACGCCAAGAUUAUUAAGAAUAACUCCUGAAUUUAUUAAUGGUGGUUAUAAGGAAUUGUUGAAUAAUAAAAAGCGUAAAUCCGAAGGAACGGUAGUACCAAUUUCGAAAAAAAGAAGAAGAUGGAGUGCAAAGAAACAAACAGAUUCAAAUAAUUCAUUUGGUUUGGGGUUGUAUGUAGAACAAGAAUCCAUAGAAGACGAAGAGGGUAAUUUUAUAUGUCGAAAGUGCAAUCAACGAUGCGCAAACAUGUCAGACUUAAGAGAACAUAUAGCAUCCAAUCAUAGGAUCAAAGGUAGAUAUUUGGUGUGUUUAGAAUGCGGCGAAAACUUUGUUGUUGCACCAAGUUUGCAGAUGCAUUUGAAAGCUUUCCAUGGAAUAGAAGAUCCUAUUUCUUACAUGAAUCAAAAUUCCUCAUAUGCGCCGGAUAAUAUUGAUGAUCUUGAAAAUGAAACUAAAGCGAUGAUAGCUAAUCAAUGUUACGUAUGCAUGGCUGUAUUUGAAGAUAAAGCUACCGUUGAUAAACACCUCCGAGUACAUGGUAUGGCAUUUCUUAAUCGCAAGAGAAUAGAAGCUCAAAAUGCUUUGAAAAGUCCCGAGAAAAAUGUCAAAGUUAUUAACGAUGAGAAGAAAAGCUUUCAAAAAGAAAGUACAAAGGAACCUACGAAACGGGAUAAUCCAUCGAAUACAAUUCUUGAAAAAAUAAAUGCUACGAUAGAAGAGGCAGCCCAAUGAUUAAAGGCUAAACUUUUUGUAAAAUAGUAUGUUCAUAUUUUUUCUAUUUCAAGGAUAUUAUUCAUAAGUUCAUAAUUGUAGAUAAUUUAUUGUACAUUCGUUAAAAGUAUCUAGCAUGUGAAGAUGAAGAUCUGUACAAAUUCUUGAAUUGUCGGCAAAUAGUAACUCUAUCAAAGAGUUUAUUAUAAUUGUACAUUUUUAACUACUACAAUGUUUUCAAACACAUCUAUAGAUCAACUGUAAAAUAUGAUAUAUUAGAUAUCACUUGUUAUGUUAGUAUAAUUACUUAUACGUUAUAUAUCUCUUAGUAUUUCUAGAUAGAUUUCUAGAUAUUGAACAAUGUCAGUAAAUAUAGUCUGAUUAAAUCUUUACUUUGAUUUACUGUAUGAAUCAUUUCAUUUAAUUUAUUAUUUAAAUAAUCAAUUUUUCUUAUCAAUAAAAAAGACAUUGUGUUAAAGAGAUAUUAAUAAAAAUCUCUAUUUAACAUUGAUAGAUUUUAUGAAGACAUUUCUAUCAAAUUUCAUUUUCUCAUCA